GUAAGGACUUCUGCAUUCACAUGUGAGGUGCGAACGGGAUUAAACUGCUCACAUGCAUGUCUGACAUUUGGAAGUGAGGCUUUGUUCCUUGUAAAACAGCAGUCAGUGUUGGAGAUGGAAGCCAAGAUGCACAUGAAAGAGUGGCUGGUAGCUCAGAUAGACAGUGGGAGAUUUGAAGGACUGUGCUGGGAGGAUGAGGACAGAACCAUGUUCAGGAUCCCGUGGAAGCACGCAGCCAAGAAGGACUACAAGCAGACGGAGGACGCAGCUCUCUUCAAGGCAUGGGCUGUGUACAAGGGAAAGUACAGGGAGGGCAGGGAUAAAGCUGACCCCACCAUGUGGAAGACCCGUCUCCGCUGUGCACUCAACAAAAGCACAGACUUCCUGGAGGUCCAUGAACGCAACCAGCUGGACAUCACUGAACCCUAUAAGGUCUAUUUUAUCCAGCAAGAUCAAGGGUCAGCCAGGCCACGAGAGUUUCCCCGGACAAAGGAUCAAGUGUACAUCGAGGCAAAAAGGUCUCAGGAAUUGUUUCAUACAAGUAACGAAGACUUCAAACCACUGACUGAUAAUCUGAUGAGAGAGCACAUGUAUUGUGAGCUCACAGGAAAAAAGACUCUAAAUCAGAGCCCUGCUCCUACGACCUUUCUUACCUCUACACAUACUGUAUCAGACUUUCGUAUGCAGGUGACGUUGUUGUACCAGGGCCACAGUGUGACGAAGGUGUGCACCAGGAGCCCAGAGGGGUGCUUCAUCCUGCAGGGCCACGUCCCCUUGGGAAACGAACAGAUCUACGGGCCCUGCACCGCCCAGCAGCUCUCCUUCCCGUCCCCGGAUGCUGUAUCUCUGCCGUCGUGUAUGGCUGAAGCAAUGAACCGCCUUCUUUGUCAUCUUGAGAGGGGGGUGCUAUUAUGGGUGGCCCCAGACGGGGUGUUCAUCAAGCGGUUUUGCCAGGGCAGGGUGUACUGGAGCGGUCCCAUGGCCCAACACACCGACCGGCCCAACAAACUGGAGCGAGAAAAGACCUUCAAACUGCUUGACAUACCCAGAUUUCUCAAUGAGCUUCAGUGCUGUUUACAGGGGGAGGGACCUACACCUACUUAUGAGAUUGAGCUUUGCUUCGGAGAGGAGUACCCAGACCCCGACAUACCUAAAAACAGAAAGCUGAUAAUGGCGCAGGUGGUGCCCUUGUUUGCAGUGGAACUCAUGCAGAGGUUCAAUGUGAAGACCGAGGAUAAGCGGCCGAUUCUCACCUCCAACACAGGAGGACAGGGGAAGCUACCUACACCGGGUUAGCCAUGAACAAUAUACACAUGUGGGUAACUGAAGCCUCAUUCCUUCCCCUGUCAUCAUAAUGAAAUAUAUCCUAAGAGCAGAGCAAACAAUAUAGAGUAUUGAAUGAAGAAACAAUUGUGGUUUUGCAUUAUAGAUCUUUCCUGCAAUGCAUGAAAGGAAUUUCUUUAUGCUUAUGUAUUACCUUAUAUUAAUUUCAUUAAUCAGCUGUUGUCAAACCAGAUUUCUUGUUUCACCAAUAAAUCAUGCUGAUAAGAUUGUAUUUAUGUAAAAAAAUAUGCUUGUAUUUUUUGCAAACCUCAUAUUCAGCAUCUGUAAUAAAUAAUAAUUUAAGUGUUCAGUACUUGACACAUGCAGAGAAUAAAUUCACACAUUUAAUUAAAUCUA